CUCGCUCACUUCAAUAUAUUGUGUUUAUAUGUUUCGCACCGAGCGAUGAGUUAGUGUUUCAUUUGGAGAUAAUAUUAUAUUUUCAAUAACUUAAUAGUCAGUCAUUGGAAGUGAUUGUGUGGGCGACCAGAGGCACACACAUCAAGAAGUCAUUUCUAGUUGUAUUUUGACUAUAUAUGGAAUGAAUGCUAAAUCGAAAUGUAAACUCAAUAAACAAAUGACCGUCACUUCGCACAGUCCUAUCAGUCCUGUCCGACAGACCGAUAAGUUUCACACGAAGCAAGUGUUUCACACGAAUGGCGACAGACUUAGUGUUGAAUUGUCGUCAGCGAGGAAUGCGGUGAAUGGUGUGCCCAUAGAGUCCCGGUGUGGCCAACGGGCCGACCAGUCCUCGUCCAUAAUUCUGCGCCAAAAGCUUCUCCACCGCAACAAAAACGGCUCAAUCGGCGGAUUAGCCAACCCUUCAAAGUCAGCCCGCAAGAGCUACAGCCGUUCCCAUAACAAUGGCUUUAAGUUUCACAACUUUGUGGUGAACGAAGACAAGCGAUCGUGUCUUGAGGAACAACACGGAACCAAAAAGAUCACAGUUUCUCAUUGGAAGCGACCAAACACGACAACCACUGUCAAUGAUGACUCUCAUCAAAGUAUAGCCCAUCCGCCCCUUCCGUCCCAUUCAAUUCUGGAGACUCUGUUGGCGCCCAACCCCUCAAACGCGUCCACUUCUCCCACCAUUGAUGACAAACAAAGAGUAAGUAAACGAAAGCCAUUACAUGUCCGCCGAGUUCUCCGUCAGCACCGCAACCAAAAAUCACUAGAUCUGGAGCCACAGGACGAGCCCCUGGAUCUGUCUUUCAAGCGAAUCGACUUUCAUGAAAAUACUGAAACUAAUGACUCGCAAGAAUUUGGCGAUUCUUUUGGCUUAAAUUGCAAUCAAAACGAGACAUUUAUGUCGGAAUAUCCCACAGAAUCGGAAUCAGUGCAGCAUUUAAUCAAAUCAGUCAAUCAAUCGGCAGCUCAGGCGUCGGCUAUCAUAGCAUCGGUCAAGUGUCCCAUAAGUGCUAACUUCUCAUCAAAUGCUUCAUCCAAUGCAAGCAAUGACUCGACAUUAGCGUCAAGACAUCAAAUCGCAAGCAAUUCUGGAAUUUUGUCAAAACAGCAAAAGAAUAGACAAACGCAUAGAAGUCUUAUUAAGAAACAAUUGGAGGAAACUUUCAAACAAAACGGCUUUUUAGUGAAGACCAAACAAGUGAGUGAUGCAAACAAUUCAGCGAUGUUUUGUAAGUUCAGACAAUUACGCAAAUAUACCCGAUAUUACCUGAAGUCAUGGCACCACCAUUUGCCCGAUGAGGUGAAUAAGUUGUGGAAAGGUUUCUUACCGCCCAAAACAGAAAAGCCUAACUCUAGUCAUAAUUAGUUUUGAUUUCUUUUGUGAGUUUAUGUUACCUUUAAUCUUAAAACAAGUGAUAAAAUUUUGCC